GCUUCUUGAUCAUAGGUACUGGCUUAUCACCUCUACCAUUUCGGUUGUCCCUCUUUUCUUGACUCGGAGUCCUGAAUACACACAGUUGAUGAAAGAACUCUUUCUCUUUCCGUCCCCCAAGAUCAAAAUCCAGGUACCUACAGUAUACUUCCCUUACCUACCUCUAGUCACCAUCACCCACAAUGUCAGACAACAACACCACCUCCACCAAAUACAGCGACACCCGAGAAGACGUGCCCACUCCCUCUCUCGCCUGCCACGACCCCUCCAACCCCUCCAUCCCCGGCUCCCCCAAAACCACCCUCUCCUCCGCCCUCGAAACCGGCGCCUCCCUCGCUCAGGACUUCAGCCCCGUCAAAUCCAUCUGCGCCCACCUCAACGCCUUCCACGUGUACGCCUCGGACCCCACCCGCUUCGUCGAAGCCAACCACUACUGCGCCCACCUGACCGAGGACGUGCGACAAUGCAUUCUCUACGACUCGCCCAACCCGGGCGCCCGCAUCCUGGGCAUCGAGUACAUGAUCACCCCCAAGCUGUACGAGACGCUUCCCCAACAAGAGAGGAGGUACUGGCAUACCCAUGUGUUUGAGGUCAAGAGCGGCAUGUUGAUCAUGCCCAAGCCUCCCGGGCUGAUGCCGCAGGCGGCCUGGGAGAAGGCGGAGAAGACGGAGAUGGAGAAGGUGGUUACCCUCUAUGGCAAGAUCUAUCACUUGUGGCAGGUCGAUAGGGGCGAUAAGUUGCCCCUCGGGGAGCCGCAGUUGAUGACGAGCUUUACCGACGAGAGCCAGUUCCCCGUGGACAUGGAGAAGGUGUUGGAUGAAAGAGACCAACGAUUCCCGGGGGCGGAUUGGAGGGCUAAGAGAGAGGGUAGAAAGGAUAUUGAGGUACCCGAGAUGCAUCCUGAUGCGGAUUGGACGUGGAAGAAGGACAAGCAGAAAUAAUGAACGAGAAACAUAUCUCUAUCGUACCUAGAUUGUAAUACAUAAUGCAACGAACGUGUACGAACAAUCAUCCCGCGACGCCGUAAAUACUACCCGUAUACAAGUAAACGAGAACACGAUCCCGAAACCCCUUACAAUGCUGUCAACACCUUGGUCAUCUCUUCAAUCACAAACCGAGGACCAUCCGACCCGAGCUUAUACCUCGACCCAAACACGCCGAUCGUAACCGCGUCACCCUCGAUGGCAACUUCCACAUCGAUUGCAUCCUGUAUCGCAUUGUUAGCAUCUGCCGUCAUCCCAAGGAGAGCCGACACGAUCAAACUCACCGGAUACGCAUUCCUAACCGCGUUGUUCUCGAGCUCCUUAGGCAUGGAAAACUCCUGUUGGUCUUCGGCCUCUCCCAUCACCUUCACUUCCUCCUCGCUCACCAGUUCCAUCCUCACAGCUUCGUUGGAAUCAAAGUUGGAAGAAGACACAGGGACACUCAAAAAGUUGACAAACCCAUCCACCACCACUCCUGUCCACUCCUUGAUCUCCCAGAGUCCCACACCAACAUGUUCAGGAUCGGAGAUCUUGUACAGAUCGUCUUGGAUCCGCUUAGCCAUGUCCACCAGGCUUUCUUGGACUCGAACGCGCAACGGCACAAGGCAGAGAGUGGGAUAUGGGAUUUCUGAGAGGUCGGAAGAGCGGUUGGCAAGGUAAACCCCAAAGACCACGUCUCGGGAUUUGGCCUCAAUAGUUUCCGAAACGAAACGUGCGUAAGCAGCGAAGAAGAGGGCUUGGAUUGAGACCCCUGCCGCGGCACACAGCUUCUUGAUCCUGGAGACGUCCGCAAUGGCAUUGCGCUGGACUAGAGAAACGCGCCGCGAGGGUCGGGAUUGAUGCUCUGGAGCUGGUGCUGGUUGCCAUAUGGCUCCUGGCAGGAAACGAGAGAGACCGUCUACAAGAGGUCGGAGCAAGUCGGGUAGCCAGGUGGAUUGCGAUGAUGGUGCUUCUUCUGCCUUCUCUAGAGCUGAUGCUGCUGUGGUUGACUGUGAUCCUGUCGCUGAACUCGUCGUCCAAGUGUUCAGGUUGAGGUUAACAGGUGCUGACUUCGCGCCGGCAAGGUAUUCCGUCCAGAACUGCUUGGCUUCCGCACUUGGAUGUGUCUGCUGCCUCGUAUAUUCCUUCCAGACCUUAAGCGACUCGGAAGCAUCCGCCUCUCCGCUAAUGCUGGCGCCGGCGCACAAGGCGGCGAACCGGUCAACCACCAUUGGCAAGCUUAGUGCAUCGUACAAAGCAUGAUGGAUCGUGAAGUUCAAAAUCCAGUCCCCGUUGUCAGUUUGUUGACCACCCAUGGAGUUCAACGGCUGGACUAAUCCACCUUGACCCUUUCUUGACAGACUUGACCACUGUUUUGGAUCGAUAUCCUCAGCUGGGUUGUCUGCCAGGGCAUCAGGCCUGAGAAUGACCUGCAUUACUGGCUUUCCGGGCUGGUCAUUCGUAAAGAAGAUGGUCCGCAGAAUGGGAAACUCGGCAACCACAGACUUCCAAGCACCCGAGAGAGAGGACUUGCUGAUGUUGCCGGUGAGACGAUAUGUGAAGGUCGCGUGGAAGACAUCGCCUUGGGUGUUUUGCCAGACGGAGAGCAUGUGGACUUGCAUGGCCGUGGCAGGGAGGACGGCCUCGAUAUUGUUGAUUACCGGCCCAGCAGAGGAGGGAAUGAUAUCGUCUUGAGAGAAUAGGGCGGUGAUGUGCUUUUCGUCGAUAUGCUUGGGAGGCAGAGAGGUCUCGUUGACAGUUUUGAUACCAUUUCCAGUGUCAUUCGGAGCCGGAGCUUCGGUGGACCUCGCUGCAGGCUGCUCUCCGGCUUCAGUAGCAGCCUGAGCCAUGACGGGGACACUUCUUGCUUUCAACAGCUGGCGGAGCGGGAUCGAUACCCCCUGUUUCCGUAGGAGAGAGACGACCUUGAUGGCGGAGAUGGAGUCCAGGCCCAGGUGAUAGAUAUUGUUGCUCUUCUGGACCGCACAUACCUCCAGGCCAGCAACUUCUGCAAGGACAGACCUGAUUUUCUCCUCCAGAUCCGACCACUCUCCACCAACAUCUGCAUCCUCUACUAAAUCCUUGCCCUCAACCGCAACGAUGUUAUCAUCUGUCGCCGGAGUAAAACCGUCCAACCCACAAACCCUCAUCUUACCUUCCUGAAACUCCAGUACACUCUUCUCCCCACUUUCAACCAAAUACCCCAACACCUUAUCCAAUUUCUUCAGCAACUCUUCCGCCCCCUUCUCGCCAUCCACAAACCGUGAGUCGCACGCCGUUCUCCAAACCAAUUUCUCCCCUCCAUCUGCGCCAGAAACAACCUCCAUCUCCACACAAACGGGGUACUCAACAGCCGAACUUCCACCGACUGACCUUACCAGCACUUCACCACCUGCUCCCGUGUUACCGCCGGGUACCCCUCUUUGGA